AACGGUGUUUGUGUCUCCCCAGUUGUAUCCGGGGAUAGCGAUUGGUACGGCACAUUUUGACGCUUCGUGGAGCAUAAUCAUUGCUCGGGCUUAUAUUACAGGAACCAACACCCCGAUAGCUGGGACUGCUCCUCCUCUCAGGCUCCUCCUUGGCUGCCCCGUAAUCUCUUCGCUCGAGUGCGACUACUGACCAUAUACUUCAAGAGUUCUAGCUCCCUCGCUAUGUCUUACAGCCUUCUCCUUCUAAGCGGCACAGUGAUUGCCACACUGUUAUGGAGAAUGUCCGUAUACGUGCGUUUACUCAUCGCUAGUUCACCACUGUCCCUUCUCCCCGGUCCUCCAAGGGAGUCGUUCUGGAAUGGAAACAUGAAGCAAUACCUUGCCCGGCAUGCGGAAGACUAUCAGAGACAUGUCGCUGUCGAUUUUGGUCCUGUCGUCAAAAUGUCUGCAUAUCUUGGUCGUCCUCUACUAUAUGUCUCCGAUCCGAGAGCCCUUCAUAACAUUCUGAUCAAGGAGGAGCAUAUCUUUCAAGAACAAGAGGUGUUCGUAUCGUGCGUAUUCGGGCCGUCGCUACUGGCUACAUCCGGCCAGCACCACGGUAAACAACGCAGACUAUUGAACCCCGUCUUCUCAAUCAACCACAUGCGCCACAUUUACCCUCAGAGAGGCGAUCACUGCCGAGUACAAGAAGGCCCGCGAGAACUCGACAUCUUGUACUGGAUGGGCCGUGCUUCGCUCGAACUCAUCGGUCAGGCAGGCCUCGGGCACUCCUUCGACCCACUCAUUGAAGAUCGCGAAGACCCGUAUGGCCAAGCAAUCAAGGCGUUGAUACCGAACUAUGGCCGGGUGCUCCACCUGCGGUGGCUCGCCGUCCUUGCGGACAAGUGGAAUGUGCCGAAGUGGCUACAGCGUGCUGUCGUACAGGUGUUUCCGGCCGACUCUGCCGCCCGCAGACUCAUGCAUAAGCGCGCAUUCGAGAAGGGCGAUGCAGAGGUGGUAAGCAAGUUGGAGAGGUGCGCGCGAACGCGAAGCAGACGUGAACGAGCGACUCCGGAGGAGGAGGUCAUUGCGCAGCUGUCCACGCUUAUCUUCGCCUCGAUGGACACAACGUCCAACACGCUCUCUCGCAUGCUGCAGACGUUAGCGGAGCACACAGACGUGCAGGACAAACUGCGCCAAGAACUCCUAGAGACCGGCGCAGCGCAUGGGAUGUCGUACGAACAGCUGAACCAGCUUCCUUAUCUUGAUGCUGUGUGUCGGGAGUCGCUGAGACUGCAUCCUGCGGGUGGAAACAGGUUCCGAAUGGCUGUCGCCGAUACCGUCCUUCCUCUGUCUCAGCCUGUCGCCACUCUGAAUGGUGAGGUCAUGUCAGAGAUCCCCGUUCCGAAAGGGACCGGGAUCCUUAUCGGUGUGAUGGGUAGCAACAUGAGCAAGACGUUUUGGGGAGAGGAUGCUCUCGAAUGGAAACCUGAGCGCUGGUUUUCCCUGCCAUCUGCUCUUACAGACGCCAGGAUUCCAGGAGUAUAUUCGAAUUUGCUCACUUUCAUCGGCGGAAAGAAGUCGUGCAUAGGCUUUAAAUUCGCUGAAAUGGAAAUCAAGGUGGUGAUAGCAGUGCUGGUAUCUGCAUUCACCUUUGAGUCGACCAACAAGCCGAUCUCAUGGGCCACCGCUAUCAACAUGUACCCCGCAGUCGGGAAGGACGGCAUCAAGCCAGAGCUUCCUCUCAGAGUAGCCCUCUACAAGCCGGCCUGACCGCCGUGACUAGAUGUAUCGCGAAAGCAAGGCAUGUGGAUAUCGUGUUGUAACCGUACGAAUUGUCAAUACACGCGUUCAUUGGUCCGAUUCACUGUUUCGAUGACCAGACGAACAACUUCAGGUAAUCGGCCUCCCGUUGGCAAGGCAGACGCUAUGGGCACAUUCGGCAACGAUGCCGUGCGCGUUUCGGGGACGGAGAAAGCAGGCAACACCUUUCUUGUCGG